AGUCCGUACUGGGCCGCCCGUAGAUUCGACCCAUCGGAGGCCCAUUAACGAUCCAUCGAGGAAUUUCGUUUCCUUUUUACUCCUUCGAACAACAGAGAAGGAAUGUCAGAGAGCCCACAAGUGCCGGGCUGCAAGCCACUUGUCAUCUCCCCCUUGUGUUUCUGGCGCGCGAAACCUUGGCGGAAGCACACACAUCUGCCACGGUUCUCGGCGGGGAGAAGCGACCAAGCAGAGCCUCCAAGGUCGCGCGCGUAGGAGGAUUGAGGAAAGCCAAAGGAUCAUCCAUCCCAAGCGAAUCCGAUGCAGGCUCGUCGGGAGAUCCGGACGCGGGAGGAGCGGCGGGACGAUGAGCAUGGGCCGGUGCCGGAGACGCCGCUGGGGAGCGCGCGGUGGAGCCCGGAGGCGGAGAUCGGGAUGCGCGUGGAGGACAUCUGGGACAGCCUCGAGCAGUCCCCGGAGCAGCAGCAGCUGAGCCGGGGCGACAAGCUCAACAGCUGCUUCGACGCCAUCCCCGUCUCCUCCUUCCCGCAGACCUUCGGUUCCCAGCUGGUGGACAUCCCCUCGGACGCGACGCUCGCCGAGGCCGUGGACAUCCUGUCCCGCAACCGCAUCAACGGCGCGCCCGUCCGCAACGUGGACGCCCCCGACGACGCGUCCUGGAUCGACCGCUACAUCGGCAUCGUCGAGUUCGCGGGGAUCGCCGUCUGGCUCCUCCACCAGUCCGAGGCCGGCGCCGGCGCCGCGCUCGGCGCCGACGAGCUCGCCGCCAAGCUCGGCACCGUCGCGCUCGAAGGCCCAAAAGCACAGCCACCGGCGGCGGCGUCGAUGGAGGCGGAGGCGGCCGUGGCGGAGGCGUUCGGGUCGCUGCCGUCGUCGGAGCUGUUCAAGCGGACCAAGGUGAAGGACAUCUCCGGGUCCUUCCGCUGGGCGCCGUUCCUGGCGCUGCAGAGCUCAGACACCUUCCUCACCAUGCUGCUGCUGCUGUCCAAGUACCGGAUGAAGAGCCUCCCCGUGGUGGACAUCGGGGAGGGAACCAUCAGCAACAUCAUCACCCAGGCGGCAGUCGUGCACAUGCUCUCCGAGUGCGUCGGGCUCAGCUGGUUCGAGGACUGGGGCACCAAGACGCUCUCCGACCUCGGGCUCCCCAUCAUGAAGCCCAGCAGGCUCGUCAAGGUUCGGGAGGACGAGUCGGCGCUCAAGGCGUUCCGGCAGAUGAGGAAGCGGGGCGUGGGGGGCAUCCCGGUGGUGGACGGCGCCGACAAGCCCAUGGGCAGCAUCAUGAUCAAGGACGUCAAGCACCUGCUCACGGCAUCGGAGGCCAACAGAGACUACAGGACGCUGACGGCGAAGGAGUUCAUCGCGAGCGCGCGGCAGAGCUCGGGGGAGAAGCAGAUGAGCAUCAUAACGUGCACCGGGGACGACACGGUGAAGGACAUUAUCCUCAGGCUGGACGCGGAGAAGAGGCAGAGGAUCUACGUGGUGGACGCGGAAGGCAACCUGGACGGACUCAUCACGCUCAGGGACAUCAUCGCCAAGCUCGUCUACGAGCCGCCGGGCUACUUUGGGGACUUCUUCAACGGCGUCAUCCCCAUGCCACAGAACAGCAGGGUCUGAAGUUCUGAACAAACUGACAAAGCUUUUUUUUUUUCCUCCUCACUCCUAGGCAAGAUCGAUCAGGAUAAUCUCUCUGUUUGUUCUGUUUUGUGUAGGGAUACUUGGUACUUUUCCUUCUCAUUUCUUUUCUCUAGUGUUCAUUAAUUGGGCUCCUUAGCAACUUCAGCUAAAUUUCUUAAGGUUUUUCUUUGUCACUUCUGCAUAGCUAGCUAGCUUAUCAUAAUUGAGGAACACUGGCUCUGUUGAUGUUCUUAGCUGACCGAGUUCAAUAACACCUGGAAUGUAGGUGUAGCCAUGCCAGGUUUACUUCUCAACAUGUGUUGUUCAUUAUGUUCCAACGUCAGAGGACCCUAUAGGCAUUGCUAGAUAAUAUCAGAAACUAGCGAUAAAAACUGCUGGAAUACCACAUUCGCCACUAUUCCAGACUCUGCUGAAAGUCUGAAACUGUAGAACACAGCAUAAGCACUCAGCACAGGGUAGAUAAAACUGUAUACUCCAUCCGAUACAUGACAAGUGAGUACAAAGUUAUUGUACUAACUCCGAGACACUUGUUGUGAAUCGGAGGAAGCAUAUUGUAUCUGUAAAUCAUCUCUCGUCACAUUUUUCUACACUAUACAAGAUAUGAAAUCAUGAAUAGUCACCCUAAUACUUUGGCAUUCUGCAUGUUAUCUCCUCGACCAUGCAACAACUAACAUACGAAAAACAAAGAUCCCUGACAUAUAUCAAACAGGGCAAUAAAGACAAGGAGCAAACAUCUCAGAUAAAAUAUCAGUAUAACACAAUAAUAAAUGGAAGAAAACUGCACAAGCUGAAAAGCCCGCUCUGUGAACUGAUAAGAUUAAGAACACAAUAAUAAAUGGAAGAAAAGUGCACAAUCUGAAAACCCUGCUCUAUGAACUGACAAGAUUAAGAACACAAUAAUAAAUGGAAGAAAACUGCACAGGCUGAAAACCCCGCUCUAUGAACGGACAAGAUUAAGAACAGUAAAAGCAUCAGGAAAUUGUUACACCGCCUUAUGAUCGAAGUUGAAGAACAUAUGCAAAAGGAUUCAGUGCUAUCAGUCAACAUUUUUAAGUUAUCAUACUUUCUGCAAGCAACCAACUAAACUGAAGAUAACAAAAUUUGCACUAAGGUAAAAGUGAACAACUGAACAUAACUGCUGGUAUAAAAUGUACAUAAAAUGCCAACCACCGACCGGCAACCAUUCUUCUGAAGUCCAACAAGUCAACAAUCAACAAAAGGUAAACUGUAAGAAUAGCAGUUACACAGUUCACCGCAGGGUCCUAAAUUCCAUGUGGAAGCCCAAGCACAAAUGUCAGCACCCACCAUGAAACAAUCAAGAUGUCUGUUUGCUUUGCAAUUUACCACAUUUACGCCCCUCUAGUCAAAACUGAUUUCUCCAUCUUCAAA